GCCGCUCUCGGUGGUCUCUCGCGAGCCGCGGCCGCGUCCUCAGAGCUAUUGGCCGGCCUGGAGCGAGCGGCCUCGCUCUGCCUCGCGCUCUUCUUCCUCAGCAGCCCGGCCGUGCGGCCAUGGCGGCGCGGCGGCGGCGGCCCGCGGGUGGCGUGGGAGCCCGGGACGCGCUCGCAGUGUUGGCGCUGGCCUUGUGUGCUCCCGGGGUGGGCGGCGGGGCGCUCGAGUGGUACUCGGCCAUAGUGAGCAUCGAGUACGUAGACCCGCAGUCGAACCUCACGGUGUUGAGCGAGUCCGAGAGCGGCCGCUUCGGCGACAGCUCGCUCAGGGAGGACAGGCAGGGCCUGGUGGGCGUCCCGCGCGCGCCCGCGGACGCGGAGGGCUGCGCGCCCGACACGCGCUUCGUGGCGCCCGGCGCCCUUGGCAACGCGCCUUGGGUGGCGCUGGUGGCGCGAGGCCGCUGCACCUUCAAGGACAAGGUGCUGGCGGCGGCGCGGAGGAACGCCUCGGCCGUGGUGGUCUACAACCUGGAGAGCUAUGGAAACGCCACCGAGCCCAUGUCGCACGCAGGAACAGGAAAGAUAGUCGUCAUUAUGAUUAGCUACCCAAAAGGACGAGAAAUUUUUGAUCUGGUGCAGAAAGGAAUUCCAGUAAAAAUGAGCAUAGAGAUUGGUACCCGUCACAUGCAGGAGUUCAUCAGCGGUCAGUCUGUGGUGUUUGUGGCCAUUGCCUUCAUCACGAUGAUGAUUAUCUCAUUAGCAUGGCUCAUAUUCUAUUAUAUACAGCGUUUCCUAUAUACUGGCUCACAGUUUGGAAGUCAGAAUCAUAGAAAGGAAACUAAGAAGGUUAUUGGCCAGCUUCCACUACACACUGUGAAGCAUGGAGAGAAGGGAAUUGAUGUUGAUGCUGAGAAUUGUGCAGUGUGUAUUGAAAACUUUAAAGUCAAAGAUGUUAUCAGAAUCCUGCCAUGCAAGCAUAUUUUUCAUAGAAUAUGCAUUGACCCAUGGCUUUUGGAUCACCGAACGUGUCCAAUGUGUAAACUUGAUGUCAUCAAAGCCCUGGGAUAUUGGGGGGACCCUGAGGAUGCACAGGAGCUACCUAUCCCGGAAGCUGCCCCAGGAAGUGUUUCUGUUGGGAAUCUGAGUGUGACAUCCCAUGAUGAGGAGAGAAGUGAAAGCAACCUUCCGUCAUCUUCCUCAAGCGAGUCUGGGCCACACCGCCCCUGUCUUAAAGAAGAUGCUGGAGAGGACACAGCAUUACUAGGACCCGGCAGGAGUGACCCUCAGCAUGGAGGAUCCAUAUGCUAGCACCAUCCUCACUGACAGCCUCACCGACAGAGCCUUGGCUUGAAUACAGGACAUUCAGUUUUUUACUCUAAGGCAUAGUUUGUAUACUUGAAAACAGUGGAUUUUAUUUUACUUUACCUUUCAGAUUCAGGUUUGAUAUACAAAGGGCUGAGAUAUUUUAUUCCUAAAAGACGUUUAAUUAGCCUUCAUCUAUUUAUCUACUAAAGUAUGAUGUCUAUCAUAGAUUUUGUUGUAUCAAACUGUCACAGAUGUAUAUGGAGGGUUUGUUUUUGAGUAUUAGACUAGCUUCUGUGGUACUAUAAAACAAGAAUCUGUUUCUCGGGCUUUUUAGACAAAGCUCACUAAGUUGAAUUGUGAAAUGUAGUUCCUUAUUGGUCACAUGAAGUUUCCCUGAAGCAGAGACUGUAGAACUUGUAAAUGAGAAAGCUUGCCAUGCGCAGUGGUAGUGCAGACCUGCAAACUCAGGAGCCUGAGGCAAGAGGAUCUUGAGUUCAAGUCUACCUUGGGCUAUGUAGCAAGACUGCUACAGAGGGGUUAAGGGGAGAGAGAGAGAAGUCAGCUGUCUUGCACUGUAUUGUCUAUAGAGACUUUAGAAACACGCAUACCUUUUUAUUAUGUGGAAUUGUGAAAGGAACACUAGAUGAUUUUAUGAUUUACAUCUUUACCUUUAUAAAAUCUUUAUGAUUUUUACCUUUAUUGCCUAAUUUCACUUGGAAGGAAAAGGGAAUUUAUCCAUGUUUUUCUACAAAUUAAAAAAUACUGGCAAAAAUGCCAUUUUGCAUGUUAAAAAAAGCAUUAAAAUAUUGAUUCAUUAAGAAAAUCAAGUAGGCACUCUGUAAUGUUUUUAAAUGAUUAGUAUAUUUCAGUGAGUUUAAUCUUUACAAUUAAAAAUAUUUAAUUAAAAUUUUUAUUUUGUUGUUAGACUAAAGUAACAUUUUCCUAAUGAGAUUUUAAGCCGAUUCAAUACUGUGACCUUUUAUCCUUCUUUCCUGCUUGUUGUUUCUUACUUGUGAAAUCUUUGAAGACUGUUAUCUGAGUUCUAUAUAGUGCUUAGAUACACACUUUCAAGAGCGAGGAGUCUUGUUGUUGAUUCUAAACUUGUGUUGUAUGUCUACUUUGUAGACAAAAAUAAAUGCUUAUUGACAAAAAUUUUUCUAUGUAACAAACUUUAUUUAACAUAAUCAGCCCCAACAUUCAGCCAUAAAAAGUUUACAGAGGAUAGAAAGUGCAUUCGUUAAUAAAAGCUAGUCUUUAUGCAAAGGAAAGAAAAUACGUUCUUGAUCAAAAUAUUUUACACUUCAGUGAUAAACUGAGAAUGCUUUUUUUUUUAAAGUUGACUUUAUGUAUAUGGGUACUUUCCUGUAUGUACAUCUGUGUGUCGUCAUCUACAUGCCUAAUGCCAAGGGAGGCCAGAAGAGGCUAUCAGAUCUGCUGCAACUGGAGAUACAGAGGGUUGUGAACUGCCUUGUGGGUACUAGAUAUUGAACCUGAGUUCUCUAGGAAAGCUGCCAGUGCUUUAGCCACUAAACCAUCUCUCCGGCCUAAAAAAGAAUACUUUAAGAAAUUGGUCUCUGGCUGACAGCAGAUGUCAGUAGGGGUCACUGAUCCAUGGUCUGUGUUGCCAUUAAUGCCCUAAUCUGGAACUGCCUACAGGACAGGAGACAGACAUGAGUCAGGAACACAUCCAGGUCUGUUACUCUACCCAUGAAGGCUUCUGCCAAGUAAAAGAUACAUGUCUUCAUAGCAGGAAGUUAGGAAUAACUUCGUCAUUCUCAGAUCUACCUUCCAUCUUCUCCAGGGCAAAACUUGGUCUUUUGUCUUUCUUCACAAGUUCUGUUUUUAUGUCAGCUACUUCUUGAUCUAAAUGGAACCAUUCCUUCUAGUUUAACUAGCUAUGAUCCAUCUGACUGCUGAGGGGUGCUCAGAUAGUGUCCUCACUGAUAGUUUUGUCACCUCUGGGACCAACAGUAGUUACAGGAGCCUUGAAAAGGUACUGGGAACUUGUGACAGUGUGUGUACUAGCUGGUGUAAGGACAGCUGGGGUAACCACUGGGGUUUGGGAAGAAGGAAUCCAGACAGGUAUACAGAUUCCACUUGGCACACCCAGCAUAUGGGAGGUCUUUGGUGCUCCUGCUUUCAGGGACAAAGGCCAGGAUGUAGAAAUGACGAGAUGGCGAACCCUGAGAAAGGUCCUUCUCCAACUACUACAGCUGUGACCCAAAUAAACUCCAAAAAUCUGACAGGUGUUUCUGUUCAUGUGGUUUGGUUCCCUGGAACUGCUAUCAUUAAAAGAAACCAGUCCAGUACAAUUUUGAGGGUUUUGUAUAGAGUAAUAAGGGCAGUUUCAUGUCAUGUGUCUCUGUAUGUAGACAGCACCAUGGCACCAUACACCAUCUUCACCGGCAGAACAUCUGCACCAAGGGCUUGUUCCCAGGUCUCCAGAAAAUUGCAGAAGCUGUCCCAACAGGAAGCCAGCACCAAGAAAAUACAACUUUAAAGGCUAAGUUUAUCCUUAGAGCCAUUUCUAAGACAUAGUAUUUUAUAAAGUGUCUAACCUAUUUUUCGCCAGUUUGAUUUUUUAGCUACUCAUAGUAAAAUUCGAGUUGUAUUGAAAAAAAUGUAUAACCAGAUGAAUAUAAUGAGGUGUUGGAAGUAGAAAAUCUUACUUUGAACACUUUUUAGAGAGUCUCAAAGUUGGUUUUACGAGUUAUCACCCAACCUCACUGUGUCCAGUGCAAAUAGCAAAGCAAGAAUUCAGUGCCAAGUAGAUUAGUGUUGUGUUUUAAAAGACAUAUCAGGGGAAAUGCUGUAAUCAUUCUAACAGCUAAUGAAGGAUCUUGUGAUAGAUCAAGGUAAAAUGUUUUUAAUCAUUUAGUCAUUACAGAAGACUUUUUCUAAGGCAGGGUCACUGUUUAUUCUGAGUUUGAAUUCACCAUCCUUGUGCCUCAGCCUUCCCAGCAGUGAGAUUGCCUCUGACUGAACAGUGAUGUGAGGACUAGUGGCAGUGUCCCUGACACGGAAGAUAUUUCCUGUGGUUCCUGCUCUCCUGGCUUUCACUCAGCAGCGCUGACCUUGACUCUCCCAGCAGAAAACUGGAGCUGUGACCACGUGGUCUCACCUUGCAGGUGAUUUGAAGACUUAAGUUGAGGUUAAGUUGAAGAAUCUCUUCCAAGCUUGUACCUUAUUAGAGGGGACUGUUUGUCUUGACAGUUUCAUUUUUUAAAAUGAAUGGACAUAUAAAGAAUGACCAUCUCCUGAUGUAAGCCUAAUGAGGCUGUGACAGGCUUCAUGGACAAAAUACAUGUUAAAUAAAGCUUCAGGAGUUCUUGU